AAUCUACAAAAAAGUCUCAGACAGCAAUGUCUAUCUCUUAAGGUUGACUCACCAUAACUAUUAUUUUGGCUAAUAACUUUAUUCCAAAACAAAACUUCUUUGUGAAGCUGUUUUUGUUGAGAUGGUAAUCCUUAUCAAAAUAAAUGCGACAAGUAUUAAAUUUUUCAAAUUUCGUUUAUUCCAAAGCUUUUUCAUAACGAUGCAGCGACGAUGGUAUGAAUCCUUAUCAAAAUAAAGAACGUUAAAGAAAUUUUGUGGCGUAUAUUAGCACUGCUCCCGUGCGAAGCCGGGGCGGGUCGCUAGUGAUAAAUGUGAACAAGAUGAUAAAUAAUUUAUUCGUAUUAUGAAGAAACUAUCAACACACUCGUGACAUUGGUUUGGCCAUCAAUAAAAUAUGUGUUUUAUAGCUGAUAGUGAAACCAAUACAGCAGUUAACUACUGCUACUUAUCUUUGUUCCUUAAUUUACUGAUAGUGUACGUAUGUACUUUGUUUAGGUCACGGAAGAAUAUAAAUACGAAAUAGUUGGUAAGUAUUUAGUUAUUGUAAUUAGCGCCGUAAAUAUUUUAACAAGUGUUACUUUGUUUAUAUAGUACGGUAUCUACACAGUUCCAAAAGAUAUUGAAACGAAGGUUUUGUUUAAAUAAAUUGGUUUAAUUAAUGUUGAACAAAUUCGAAAGUGUCGAUUCACCGAGUCGGAACAUUUGUCUGGCCUUGGUGUGCAUGUUUAAAGAAGUUAUUACUCACACGAUAUGUCUAACCGGUUUCAUAUAAUAGUUAAGUUUUACAGGCUCGUGCCGGGAGCCACGCUAGAUCCAGCACCGAAUGUCUCGUCUCGCUGCAAAAACAAAACAAAUUAAAUGAAUUAUUAAAUCGAUAGCUAAAUUUAUUUGGUUACACCACUCAACCAGUGAGGCACCACACAGAUAAUACAUACAUACAUGUCUGGUAGAGAAUGCCCGAGGCUUUAAUUCCGCCUCUGUACACGAUGUGCAUAAAGGAUAAAUAAAUAACGUUAUCCAACUAUCCUAUUAUAAUAUUAUAAAGCAAGUAUUCAAUUAAAAUAUAAUAUCCCCUACAUUUAUGUUUCAUCCAACUGAUUUUUUUGCCUCUGGUUUAUUAAUCUGGAACCCUCAAUGUCGACUGUCGUCGCACUAGUUCCGGCCACUUAUUUUAAGUUAGAGAUGUAAAUAUUCUACAAUUCGGUUAUUUAUUGUACCUAUACCAUACAUAAGUACAUACAUAAUACAUCACAUACAUAAGUGGUCAAUUAAUAUUUGAACAAAUAAAUAGUUUCCAGUAUUUACAUUAUUACAAGUAUUCUAUGGUAAAUUAAAAUCAAUUGAAUCGAUAUUAAACCGUAAACAUUUCUUGCGUGUAGGGCGCGGGGCGGUAUAGGAUAAACGAUAAAUCAGCACUAUUUUAAAGGUGCCAUAAAUCAUAAGGAUGUGUUACACAGUUCUGAUUGAGUGGCUGUAUGUAGGUCAGUACUGCAUGCCGGCGGAGGGCGUGCCGCUGUCGGCGCGCAGCGCGCUGCUGUCGCGCGCGGAGCUGGCGCGGCUGGCGCGCGUGUUCGUGGCGGCCGGCGUGGACAAGGUGCGGCUGACGGGCGGCGAGCCCACGCUGCGCGCCGACCUGGCGGACGUGGUGCGCGAGCUGCGCGAGGCGGGCGUGCGCCGCGUGUCGCUCACCACCAACGGGCUCGUGCUCACGCGCCGCCUGCCGGCGCUGCAGCGCGCGGGGCUGGCCGCCAUCAACGUGUCGCUCGACUCGCUGCGCCCCGACCGCUACGAGCGCAUGGCGCGCCGCCCGGGGUUAGCGCGCGUGCUGGCCGGUGUGGACCUGGCGCUGCAGCUCGGCUACUCUCCCGUCAAGAUCAACGUGGUGCUCAUGAGAGGGUUUAACGAUGAUGAAAUAUGCGAUUUCGUGGAGUACACUCGCGAUCGCGAUGUAGAGGUCAGGUUCAUAGAGUUCAUGCCGUUCUCGGGUAACAAAUGGGACGACUCUAAGCUGGUGCCGUACCGCGAGGCGCUGCGGGCCGUGUUCCAGCGACACCCGCACGCCGAGCCCGCGCCGCCGCGCGAAAACGACACCGCCCGGGUGUGGCGCGUGCCGGGCUACGCGGGCAGCGUGGGUUUCAUCUCGUCCAUGACGCAGCACUUCUGCUCGACGUGCAACAGGCUGCGCCUGACGGCGGACGGCAACCUGAAGGUGUGCCUGUUCGGCGCGGCGGAGGUCUCGCUGCGGGACCAGCUGCGCGCGGGCGCCGACGACGCCGAGCUCACGGCGCUCGUGCGGGCCGCGCUACACAACAAGAAGGCGCGACACGCAGGUACUAAUGCACAAACACAUCACAAUAUUGCUCCGAUGCAUUACAACAUCAAUUUCGGUCUCAUUUCACUUUCUUUAAAAAAAAGUGAUUUCGGCGCCUUCUCGCACCUGGACGCGCAGGGCCGCGCGCGCAUGGUGGACGUGGGCGGCAAGCCCGUGACCGUGCGCGUGGCCGAGGCCGAGUGCCUGCUGCAGGUGGGCGCGCGCCUGCUGCGGCUGCUGCAGGACGCGCGCCUGCCCAAGGGCGACGCGCUCACCGUGGCGGAGGUGGCGGGCGCGAUGGGCGCCAAGCGCACGCACGAGCUGAUCCCGCUGUGCCACCCGCUGGCGCUGGACGCGGUGCGCGUGCGCGUGCGGCUGCCGCGCGGCGAGGCGGCGGCGGGCGGCGCGCUGCGCGUGACGUGCGAGGCGCGCGCCACGGGCCGCACGGGCGUGGAGAUGGAGGCGCUCACGGGCGCCGCCGUGGCCGCGCUCGCGCUCUACGACAUGUGCAAGUCCGUGGACCGCGCCAUGCGCAUCACGGACCUGCGCGUGCUGCGCAAGACCGGCGGCCGCAGUGACGUCACGCCGCCGCCGCCGCCGCCGCCGCUGCGCGCUGUCGACCAGUCCCCGCUCAAGCAGGACGAGACCUACGCUCCGACCAACUUCAUGCACUUUUAGCUAUCGGAACUAAUGUAGACUACAAAUGGGGACUGCAUCUGUCACCAGAGUGGGUUCUGUGACUGUUGUAAAUAAUACGAACAGAGAUCGGACAGAAAUCCAUGCCUAGUGAUCUAUCUAGCCCUCGUUUAGAUUUUAUAGAGUUAGUUUUAUAUUAAGUGCUUCCACUAUAAAAAUGUUAAUAUAAGCAUAAUUUAAUAUAUUUUUAUAAUAUUGUGACGAAAUACAUAGAUCUUAUAUUUAGAUAUUUUUUAAAAGAGAUAAGUACAUACCUACAAAAAGAGGUUAAGAUUAGCAUAAGGACCGAUGUGAUCUAAGUACAUUUUCUAUGGAGGUAAAACUCGAUAAUUGUAAAUAUAAUUAUUAUUAUUUUCUUACGUUAUGAAUUUGAUGAACAUAGAGUCUUCUUAUUUUUGUAAUUAAUAGGAAGGUGUAGAUAACUAGUAUAACUUACUACGACUGGUUACUAGUGUAGCUAUAUUCGCUAAGCAGUAUAUCAAUACAAAGAACGGAUCCUUACCAUUAUUGCGGAUUCAAUAAGAAUGAAAAAGGUACAUCCGAUUUCAAAUAAAAAGUACUGAGCCAAAAAAAAUGAUAGUAAAGAAUCAACAAAAUCGGUUCAUCCGGUUCUGAGGUAACAAAUAUAUGAAAAGAAACUAAUUGAGAACCUCACACAUUCUUUUAAAAGUCAGUUGAAAAAUUACAGAUAAUGUCAUUAAAACAAAAAAUAACUAUAAGAUCUUUAUUUUGAGUACUUAAUGUUCUCAGCAUGGCAGUAAGACAUGAGAAAAUGUACUUUUUUGUAAGCUGUAAUAACAUGUAAUCUUAUGAUAUUAUAUUAAAAUAAACAUAGUUAUGUUUAUCAAAUUUCUUUUCGUUAGUAAUGUUUGUUUGUAUGUAUGUGGGCCCGCCUAUUGUCUGCUAACUCACGACCUCGUGCGCUAGUAGUGGUAUGGUAAUGGUACCAAAUGGUAGCCCUGAAUAUCUUGCAUUACAAAUCUCGACUGCGAUACGUAAUGGUGCUAAUUAUUGUACGUAACAAAAGUGCCAUUAUUCCUUUAAAAAUAUAUUAGAAACAUGUGUGCAACGCGUCGCACGUGACUCUCUGUAUCUAUUUGUAAGAUGCACUUACCAUGAGACCAACGUAUCAGGGAUAAAGUAUGAAAUUGGCGAUUUAUAUGGUAUUUUAUUUUGUAAAAUAUUAGUUACUCAAUAUUUACUACUAAUCAUUAUCAUCGUUUAAAAUAUCGCACGGUCACUUUAGAGACAGAACUCGUAUUUAAGUAUCAUUGAAUUUUCUUUGAAGUCUUUCUAGUCUAAACUGAAUAAAAAACAACUGAAUAUCGAAAAUCUAAUGUUUUAAAAUGCUCGAAUAUACCAUGUGAGAAUGGCUCGUCAAUUUAAUACUUUAACCCCUAACGUAUUGGACCCUUGACUUGAGUUUGUUUUAGAUAUUUCAAUGGGGUAGUUUCGUUAUAUAUACCCUGUUGUUAUUAAUUAAGUAUAAGUAGUACCGGACAAGGAAACUUGUUUUUGUUCAUCAGUGUGAUUUACUUUGUUGAUGUUUUUAUAUAUAUUUUACAUUUUAUAAUAAAGGUGUGAUUUUGUUUACAAAACAUGAAUAAUAAAUGCACCAUACUUAUAUUAA